AUGGAGCGUUUGCUUAAUGAACGUGAAACUGAUACUUCAACAUUGGCUAUAACUGGACAUUCAAGUAUUCAUCAAAUUGAUUCGACUCAGGGUCUAAAUAAUAAUAAUAAUCGCGGUAUAAAACGUAAAAUAAAUCAUUCACCAACAAAUUCCAACUGUUCAAUAUCACAAAACGGUAAUUUAACAAAACAACAGCAACAACAAAGUUCAAUGCAUCCUCACUAUGAUCAGCAUUAUUUACACCAACAUUCUCACAAUCAACAUCAUCAAUUUCACGCUCAAAUGCAACAGCAACAGUAUCAAGGAAACACUUCUUUGACAACAAAUAUUGUUACAUUACAACCUUGUUCAACAAUAAUGUUAUCGCAGCCUCUAGCUGGAACAACAAAUCUAUCUCAAUCCUCAUCUCCGUCUACAUCGUCAAACAUUAUUAAUUAUUAUCCACAACAACAACAACAACAUUAUGCCUCAAUGAACAACUAUCAUCAUUCACAUCAUAUUCAACAAAAUGGAGCACAUUACAAUCAUUUUAAUCAACCAAAUCAUAUAAAUGGUACAAAUCAGAUGACAAAUGGAUUACAUCAUCAACAGUCACAACAGCAACAACAACAACAACAGCAGCAGCAGCAACAGCAGCAGCAGCCACCGUUACCAUCUCCAACGUCAGUUCUGAAUCAAACUUACACUGAUAAAUCAAUAGCUGGAAAAGAUAGACAUAAAAGAGUCAGAUGUAAAAUGUGUGAACCUUGUACGCGUGAUGAUUGUGGUGAAUGUGUUCAUUGUAAAGAUAUGCCGAAAUUUGGUGGUGUUGGAAAAAUGAAACAAUGUUGUAUGAAUAAACAAUGUAUUGCCCCAAUCUUACCUUCAACAGCCUCAUGCCAAGUAUGUUUAAAGAAAAAAGGUUCAAGAAAAUUAUCACAAUUGAAAGCCGAAGAAGUUUUAUAUGAAUGUGAAAGAUGCAUGGAAAUUCAUCAUUUACCUUGUUUUCAUACUACUCAUUGUGAAGUUCCGAACGAAGGUGUGUUUAGCGAUGAUAUACCAGAAACAUGGUUAUGCCCAAAAUGUAUCACAGCUGGAGCGCCAGAACCUCCAUUAUAUAAAUUACGUCCGAUUGUUCGUCGUACACUAGUAACAACAAAUAAAGGCAAAAAUGGUUUAAUUGAAUUACCAUAUAUAAUACGUUCAUCGAACGAUUUAUUACCAUCUAGUGUGCAACAACAACAACAACAACAACAACAGCAAACAACAACGAAUGAACAUUGUUCAACAUUAGAUUUGAAUCUUUACGGUAAUGAUGAUAUUAAUCAAUUAACAUCUGACAUUUACGAUUAUGAUACAUUAGAAAAUGAUGCAAAAAAGCGUCGUUUAUAUGCGGUCUCCUAUAGUGAUAAUGAUAAUCCAAUGUCGGAGCAAUUAACAUUAAAUACAAAUUUAGAUGAUGUUGAUAAUGAUUUAUAUGUACCUCAGAUGUUUGCUGUUUAA